AUGAGUGCAGAAGAAGACGCAUCCAGCACCAAGACCGCCUGUCCUACAACAGUCAUCGCCAACGUCCUCAUCCUGCCUGACGCUAAGCAGCCCGUCCACAUCGAACUAUCAAAUUGGGACCAGAUAGACGACUUCCUCACCCGCGAUCAUGACGAGCACCCCGGCCAGUGGAAGAUGUUUAUCCUAAACGGCCUGCACACAAAGCUGGCGUUUGAGCUGGCCGUGCGGCUGGACAUUGACCCCGGGUUUUUUGACAGCCACGUCUACAGAACGAGGUACAUGCCUCCGCGGCGGGAGGCCACGCGAAAAGAAGGGGCCAAGGAGCGCCAAGGGGAGCAGAACCAGAGCAACAAGGCGGCCGCAGACGCCGGCGUCCACUUCUUCCAGCUCGACUUCCCGCAGGUGGAAGAGCUCUCCAUCCCCGCGGGGGUCCCGACGUCGCGGAGCUCCGAGAUUCCGCUCCUGGAGCCGCGGUGGAUGCUGGACGAGAACGUGCUCAGCCUGGCGCCGGACGCGAGGAAGGCGUACCUCCUGGACGGGACGCUGUACCGCUGGGACGGGGUGCUCGUCGGCGCAUUCGGGUACUGGAGGCGGAUGUCGUGGUGGAGUUGCGAGCGGGAGAAGAUGUCCGUCAUGAUUAUAGACGGGCCGCUGGAGGCGGUUCUCCCGCCGAACAGCGUCCGGCGGAAGGGCGCCAGCGCCGUCGAGGCCCUGGACAGCCUGUACGCGCGGUGGAGGGAGCGCCGGCGCCCGCAGACGUUCCUGGAGCGGUUCCUCGGGCAGGGCGGCGCGGCCGGCAGCGUGUACGAGGUCGCGACCGAGGUGGCGCUGCAGCAGUGGCAUCUGCUCCUCGCCACGGUGCAGGUCGACAGGGGGCCCAACCAGGCCAACUACCUGCUCGAGAUCAUGUCGCAGCGCGUCGAGAACAACGCGCUCGACUGCCGGCGCUACACGCGCGGGGCGGGCGAGGCGGUGGGCGGGCUGCUCCCGCAGAGGAGGGACUCGGCGUUUCUGCAGAUGGUGACGGGCUUCCACGACAAGUUCCAGCGGCUGGAGCGGAAGCUGCCGCCGCCGUCGGCCUCCAGGAUGGACGCCCUGGCGCGCGAGGUGCGCGAGGACAGGAGGGCGCUGGACCGGCUCUCGUACAUGGGGGGCGUCCUGUUGCCGUUUUCCAUCGUGGCGGGCAUGUUUUCCAUGGCUGGCCAGUUCGCCGCCGGCGGGGGCCUGUUCUUUGUGUACUGGGUGCUUGUUGUGACGGGAGUGCUGGUGGCCACGGUCCUGGUGUACGCCGACUCGCUGCGGACGAAAAAGGUCCGCAGGGUGGACAGGGGCCGGAAGCGGCCUUCGCGUCUCGGCUGGCUGUUUGGCGGGAGGAGGAGGAGGGAGGGCGGCUCGACGACGUCGUCGGACACGAGCUCCGUGUCUGGGGAGAGUGCACGCGGGGGACAGGGCGGCGGCCGCGGCGGCGGGGGGGAGAGGGGACGACCGCCGGCGGGGAUGAUGACACCGACGCCGUGGAGAUUAGGGCCGAGGACGGUCUGGCCUGGGUUUGGGGAGGAUGUGAUGAGGGCUGACGAGACGGAGGAGUUGGGGUGGUGGAGGGCAUUGUGGACGUUGGUUGGGUAUAGGCCUGUUUGGGCUGCCGAGGGUGAUAUGCGUUGA